AUGGCUGCUCUUUGGGAGAACAAUGGGCAACCAGGCCAAUUCCCCCUCGAGCAAUGGUUCUAUGAAAUGCCCCCGGUCACCCGGUGGUGGACAGUAGCCACUGUGGCAACCUCGUUGCUAGUACAGUGCCACAUCGUGACCCCAUUCCAGCUAUUCUACAGCUUCCGCUCGGUAUACGUCAAGUCGCAAUACUGGCGGCUCGUAACAACGUUCCUCUACUUCGGACCGCUCAAUCUCGACUUACUAUUCCAUGUCUUCUUCCUGCAGCGAUACUCCCGUCUGUUGGAGGAAUCCUCCGGCCGCUCCCCGGCUCACUUCGCAUGGCUGAUUUUCUACGCCAUGACCUGCCUCCUCAUCAUCUCGCCUUUCCUUUCUAUCCCAUUCCUCGGAUCGGCGCUGUCAUCCAGCUUGGUUUACGUAUGGGCCCGUCGCAACCCCGACACUCGUCUCAGUUUCUUGGGAUUGUUGGUUUUCACCGCGCCUUACCUGCCUUGGGUGUUGAUGGGAUUCAGUUUGAUUGUGCAUAAAACUGUGCCCAAGGAUGAGAUACUGGGUGUUGUUGUUGGCCAUAUCUGGUAUUUCUUCAAUGACGUUUACCCGCCUCUGCAUGGGGGCCAUCGGCCAUUUGAUCCGCCUCGGUGGUGGCGCCGUAUUUUUGACGCUAGACCUCCCAGUGAGCGUGGUCCGACAACUCUGAAUCGGGAAUUUGUGGCGGCUGCGGCGCCUGAAGUUCGAUGA